AUGUUAGGCCGCGGGAAGCCAGCAUCUUCCAUGCAGAAGACAUAUGACGAUUGUUAUUUGACAUGCUCGACUGCUGUGUAUUUUGAGGGACAGAACAACGAGGCCGAAGCUCUGCGAUCAUGGCGCAACGCACUGGACCAAAUAUACUAUCACAACGCCUAUCGCAUGCCUACCGGAUGGCGCCCACGUUCCGAAACCGAGAAGGCCCUGCAGGAGUCAUUGCGACAGAUGGAGUUACAAUGCAAAGAGCGUGUGGACUUACUUGAGGCACUUCGGCAGAGUCGCGAGGAAGCUGCGGAGGCAGAAACACAAGCAAAGGCAACAUCGUCUAGCACAAGCAUUCCACUUCAGGAAAGUGCGGACCAGAGCCACGCUGGAGGCCUAGGCGGAGGAAGUAUCCCUCCGGUUAACUACUCUGAUAUCUCGCGUCCUACGCCUCCUGCUCUUCCGACACGCAACAAGCGACCAUCUUAUACUUCGAAAUAUAGUUCUGGGACCGAUGUACCAACCGUUCGCAGGUCGCCUUUGCAGACUAGCUCUGCCUUUGCUCCAUCGUCUUCAUCUUCAUCAUCCAUGCUGGCUCCUCAAUCGUCAACUGGCCAGCGGAAAGGCUCGCGCACCCCUAGUCCGGAGAAGAGAGGAGGCAUGCUGAGAACCUUGCGCGCCGGUGGGAAGGAGAGGACGACUUCAUCCGGCAAACUAGCCAAUGCUACUUUCAGGAAGCCUGCUGCUGCCUCGAAGGCCGCUACCCAAGCAUGGGGCAUCACUCAACGAAAUGCCAGCGUCGGUAGUCUGGAGCAAGCGAACGGGCAUCUGGACGGCCCCUCUAGUUCUGCCACCGUUUGGGAUCCCUACACAAGAACACUCGUCGAUCCUUCCAACUCUUCUCGACCUACUGUGCCUACUCACACUGCUUCUGCUCCUCCAGCUGCGCUCCACCCAUCCAAUUCUCGUUCUUCUCAAGAACAGCCUAGACCUCCUCAGAAGCACGUACGGCCACCCAGUCCAUCAGAUUAUUUCGUCCAGCCAUCGGUUUCGAACGGAUCUCAGUCUGAAUCGCAACGUCCACCAUAUCCUGAUCAUUCUUUGUUGAACCCAGUACAACCAUCCCAAGCAUACGCCACACCGCCGAUUCCUAGGAAAGCAGUUGGUGUAGUCAACGCUGCAAAGGCACGACAACAAUUAGACGACAGAAACGUCUCGUCAGGAUACAGCGCGGACGAACAUAGUAGCGGAAGAGAAAACUCGACAAGAGUACGACGAAAGAAAAACACUACAGUGGAGGCAGAAGCUCCUGCGCCCAUUGUCGAAUCCGUUACCGAAAAUCCCGAUGCGCCUACGGAGCCGCAAAACGAAUUGUCUGAGUGGGACGAACGUGUCAAGAAUCUGCUCAACAAUUUACCUCGCGGCGUAGAUGAGGCAGCCGCGAAACAGAUCUUCAACGAGAUCGUUAUUCAGGGCGACGAGGUACAUUGGGAUGAUGUUGCGGGUCUGGAGAUCGCGAAGAGUGCGCUCAAGGAGACAGUCGUCUAUCCAUUCUUGCGGCCGGAUCUAUUCAUGGGACUUCGUGAACCAGCACGUGGUAUGUUGCUCUUCGGCCCGCCAGGAACAGGAAAGACCAUGCUGGCCAGAGCGGUAGCCACGGAGAGUAAAAGUACAUUCUUCGCCAUCUCCGCUAGCAGUCUGACGAGCAAGUACCUUGGCGAGAGUGAGAAGCUCGUCCGCGCGCUAUUUGCCAUUGCAAAGGCAUUGGCCCCAUCAAUCAUCUUUGUUGACGAAAUUGACUCGCUACUCUCGGCGCGUGGUGGAUCAAGCGAGCAUGAAGCUACUCGUCGGAUCAAGACCGAAUUUUUGAUUCAAUGGAGUGACCUGGCAAAAGCAGCUGCAGGCAAGGAAACGAGCGAGAAAGACAAAGAGCGAGGUGAUGCUAGCAGAGUUUUGGUACUGGCAGCUACAAACUUGCCUUGGGCGAUCGAUGAAGCGGCGAGAAGACGAUUUGUCAGAAGACAGUAUAUUCCCUUGCCCGAGGACUGGGUGCGCAAGCUGCAGCUCACGACAUUGAUGGCGGCGCAAAAACACAACAUCAGCGACGAAGACUUGAACGAGCUGGUGUAUUUGACUGAAGGUUUUUCGGGUAGUGAUAUCACAGCUCUGGCGAAAGACGCAGCCAUGGGACCUCUGCGUUCUCUAGGAGAGAAACUGCUACACAUGUCUCCGGACGACAUCAGACCUAUUGACGUCACGGACUUUAAGGCGAGUUUGGUCAAUAUUCGACCUAGUGUCUCAGCCUCUGGACUGAAAGAGUUUGAAGACUGGGCCAAGGAGUUUGGUGAGCGUGGUGGUUGA